AUGAAGUUGGGAUUCGAAAUUCAACGAGUCUUGCUAGGCUUGCUAAACAAAGCGGCGGUCGACGGCGGCGCGUACGGUCACCUCAUCCAGCACUUUACUACCCGUCACCGACUUCCUCUACACGCGCUUCAGCUUCAUGCGCGCAUUGUUGUCUUCUCCGUCACGCCUGACAACUUCCUCGCUUCCAAGCUCAUCAAUUUUUACACAAGGGAGAAUCGCUUCCGCCAAGCACUCCAUGUGUUCGACGAAAUUACCGUUAAGAAUGCCUUCUCUUACAACGCACUUCUCAUCGCGUAUACUUCGCGUGAGAUGUAUUUCGAUGCUUUUUCGUUGUUCUUGUCUUGGAUUGGCUCUUCUUCCGGUGCCGCCAGACCGGACUCUGUUAGUGUCUCUUGUGUGUUGAAGGCUUUGUCCGGUUAUGAUGGUUUUUUGUUGGGUUCAUUGGCUCGACAAGUUCACGGGUUUGUUAUUCGAGGUGGGUUUGAUUCCGAUGUGUUCGUUGGCAAUGGGAUGAUCACGUACUAUACAAAGUGUGAUAACAUCGAGUCUGCGAGGAAAGUGUUUGAUGAAAUGUCUGAGAGAGAUGUUGUUUCGUGGAACUCUAUGAUUUCUGGGUAUUCUCAAAGUGGGUCUUUUGAGAACUGUAAAGAGUUGUAUAAAAGGAUGUUACGUUGCCCUGAUUUGAAGCCUAAUGGAGUCACUGUAAUAAGCGUGUUGCAGGCGUGUGGACAAUCGAGUGAUCUUGUUUUCGGGAUGGAAGUUCACAAGAAGAUGAUUGAGAAUCAUAUUCAGAUGGAUUUAUCAUUGUGUAAUGCUGUGAUUGGUUUUUAUGCUAAAUGUGGUAGCUUGGAUUAUGCAAGAGCAUUGUUUGAUGAGAUGAGUGAGAAAGACUCUGUUACGCAUGGGGCUAUAAUUUCAGGUUAUAUGGCUCAUGGUCUUGUUAACGAAGCAAUGGAUUUAUUUGGUGAUAUGGAAAACAUUGGUUUAAGUACGUGGAAUGCUGUGAUUUCGGGUCUUAUGCAGAACAAUCAUCAUGAGGAGGUUAUAAGUUCAUUUAGGGAGAUGAUAAGAGGUGGCUCUAGGCCAAACACAGUGACUCUUUCGAGCCUUCUUCCUUCUUUGACAUAUAGUUCAAAUCUGAAAGGGGGUAAGGAAAUCCACGCUUUUGCUAUCCGUUAUAUGGCUCAUGGUCUUGUUAACGAAGCAAUGGAUUUAUUUGGUGAUAUGGAAAACAUUGGUUUAAGUACGUGGAAUGCUGUGAUUUCGGGUCUUAUGCAGAACAAUCAUCAUGAGGAGGUUAUAAGUUCAUUUAGGGAGAUGAUAAGAGGUGGCUCUAGGCCAAACACAGUGACUCUUUCGAGCCUUCUUCCUUCUUUGACAUAUAGUUCAAAUCUGAAAGGGGGUAAGGAAAUCCACGCUUUUGCUAUCCGUAAUGGUGCUGACAGCAAUAUAUAUGUGACCACCUCCAUCGUAGAUAACUAUGCCAAAUUAGGUUUUUUGCCAGGAGCUCAGAGGGUUUUUGAUAACUGUAAAGAUAGGAGCUUGAUCGUUUGGACUGCAAUUAUAACAGCAUAUGCUGUUCAUGGGGACUCUGAUUCUGCUUGUAGACUGUUUGAACAAAUGCAAUGUCUUGGAACUAAGCCAGACAAUGUCACACUAACAGCUGUUCUUUCAGCUUUUGCGCACUCUGGAGAUUCGGAUAAGGCGCAGGACAUAUUUGAUUCUAUGGUAACAAAGUAUGACAUUGAGCCUGGAGUUGAGCACUAUGCUUGUAUGGUAAGUGUUCUUAGCCGGGCUGGAAAACUUUCGGAUGCAAUUGAGUUCAUUGCUAGGAUGCCAAUCGAACCAAUUGCUAAAGUGUGGGGUGCAUUGUUGAAUGGGGCUUCAGUUCUUGGUGAUGUGGAGAUCGCUAGGUUCGCUUGUGAUCGCUUGUUUGAGAUGGAACCUGAAAAUACAGGGAACUAUACUAUCAUGGCGAAUUUAUACACUCAAGCAGGGAGAUGGGAAGAAGCUGAAAUUGUUAGGGAUAAGAUGACCAGAAUCGGAUUGAAGAAAAUCCCUGGAACUAGCUGGAUCGAAACUGAUAAAGGAUUACGUAGUUUCAUAGCAAAAGACAGUUCUUGUGAGAGAAGCAAAGAGAUGUAUAAUGUAAUAGAGGGUUUGAUUGAGUCAAUGAGCGACAAAGAGUAUAUCAUGAAACAAGAGCUUGAUGUAACUUAUUGA